AUGGGUACAAAAAUAGCUUGGGAGAAGUUUGUGGAGGCAUUUUAUGAGAAGUAUUUUUCUGACUGUGUUAAAGAUCAGAAAAUAGCAGAAUUCAUACAGUUAUGUCAGAAUAAUAUGACGGUGGAUCAGUACGAGGCUAAGUUUUCCGAGCUCUCUAGGUUUGCGCCUCGCAUGGUGGAAAAUAGGGAGGAUAAAACCAAGAGAUUUCUGAAUAGGCUAAGACCUGAUAUCAGAGGGCAGUUAGUACCCUUCGAUAUAAGGGACUAUAAUGUACUUUACAGACGUGCCCAACUCAUUGAACAUGAGUUGAUGAAAGGAGAACUAGAGGCCAUAGAACAAGGUAAGGCAAGUCAUCAAGCCACACGGGAUAACGUCAGAUUUGGCAAAAGGCCCCUCCAAUUUGGAAAACCUUCUUUUGUUCAUAAUAAGAGAGGCAACAUCAUGAGAUCGUGGAAUAACCAGUUGAUGGAGCGAAGGUGUCAUGCCCCGAACCCCUACGGCACGCGACACCGCCUCCGGUCGAUUCAAGCGACGUCCCAGAAUAUCGCUGACCUCAAAUUCACCAUCGAGAUUUACUACUACAAGGAUAUCAACAAUUAA